CCACAUGUACACGACGGGUUGAAUACAUGUCAUGGGAGGAGUAUUUAAAAUAAUACAGUCGCCUUGACGAAAAUGGGAGCAAUUAUAAGCGGGAUGUGGACUGGUAGUGCUCUCAGCAUCAGUAACAUGCCCUAGUCGCUAGCUGUCGGGGGUCUGGGAGCGUAGUUGUCGUCAACAGAGACAUGUAUUAGGGACAUUGUGGUCAUGUAAACUCGUGUGAAUACAUGAAGGAAGUACGUACGUUUGUCGAUUCACUCCUGGUGUGCAAGGCAGACUAGCGGAAGGACGUUCGAGGGGAUGAGUUAAACCACUUCAACGAUAUAUCCGAUAUAAAACCUGUCACAGGAGGAAGGUCGGUCAUAACCAUUCAACGCUCGCUUUACGUAUCGAUACAUUCAAGAUGGAAACACCAAUACUGGACCCCACAGACCACCAAGGUGGAAAGGCGUAUGGCAUGCUAAUGGAGGAGAAAGCCAAACUAUUGGGGGAAAUUAACGAGGAAUUUAGGAACGACGAUACCUAUAAAGACGUCGAGGAUUUGAAUGAAAAACUCAACAGUUACAAAGAGAAGUUCAUGGAAUUCGAUCUUGACAACUCUGGAGACAUAAACUACAUGGGGCUGAAGUUGAUGCUGGAGAAACUGGGUUCCCCUAAAACACAUAAGGAGAUACUUAAGAUAGUAUCGGAGGUGGACACAACGGAAUCUGGUACCAUAUCCUACAAAGAGUUCCUGUGGAUGAUGUUAGGAGGCAAGAACUGUAUCCUUAGAUUGAUACUGUUUUUCGAGUCGGUUGGACAGGAGGCGCCGAAACAAAAGGGUGUUGCACCGCCCCGUACUAUAGACUCUCUGCCGUAACACCAGACGCUGAUACAUCACUCCGAGCUGGGGAUCGCUAUUUGAACAGAUAUUAGCCAAUAUCAUUUAUACAAAGUCUUAUGUGUUCAUAAGAACUAACGUUCUAAUAAUCUAGCAUAUUGUUUAACGGAUGUAUAUUUUCUGGAAGUCUUUUCAAUAACUCCUAAAAGCAUAUUGGAACAAGUUUGCAAACAUUCGCUUUCCAGUCGAUACCUCUAUAUAAAUGUACUUCCUCCAAAUACAAUAUCCGCAUUUAGUUACAUUGUAAAUAUCAGGUCACUGACAUUCAUCACCCUUUUAAUUGACAUAUGAAAGUAUACACAACAUGUAUAGUAAUAACAUUGUACUAAUAAAACCUUCUAUGUUCUAAUCCGACACUAAUAAAUAUACUUAUGUUAUAA